GUUUUCCGUGUGCCAGUUAUCCAUGCUUGAAUGGUGGAAAUUGUUCAGAUAAUGCAACAUCAUUCUCUUGCUCGUGCCCGUAUCGAUAUUCUGGUUACCGCUGCCAAAUUGAUGGUAAAUAUUAUUUUCAAGAACAUACUAGAUGUAUUUUUUCUCUUUCACAUUUUUAUUCCAGAAAGAAUUUUGUGGAAUUAAGGUUUAUUUCAGCACUAACAGCGCAAGCUCUUUUUAAAUUAAAAAUAUCCUUUAGAGUUACUGAAGGAAUGCUGGUGAAAAUAUAUUUGCGCUUGAGUCUAUACUGACCAAUCUAGUACCCAGUGCUCUUUGCAGUUGGAUGGUGGAUCAGCAAAGAAAGCCGUGUGUUCGGUUGGUCACGUGAUACCCUGAAAUUUGGGUUUUAGCUUUCAUUGUUUAGCCGCCGUCAGCUAAAAUACUACAACAUUUGCCCCAGUUCGGCUGUGAUUCGCAGUUAAAAAAAACCUUGAAAAAGUGGCUUUCGUGUAAAAAUGGAAUUUCAAAACACAUUAGUUAUAUUAAUAUGGCCACCACACAGCCUUUCAUUUAAACAUGGUGUUUUUCGAAUUGUUUGUUUUAUUCUGUCGCCGUCACUUGACUGCUUUAAGCUGAUUGGUGAACUUUAAAUCCCAUUGUCUUUCCAUCAAUCAGGUCAGUUUGUUACACAUUCUUGCACUGCUAUUCGGGAUUAACUGCACUGAAAUCACAGUCGAUUUAUAUUUUUUUAUGUUUUUGCCUUCCUGCUUUUCACAAGAUGUUGCAAUUAACGAGCUCAGUUUACUGGCAAAACAAAACACUCGACUUGGGAUAAUUUAUUGCUGCGGAACGAGCGAGCCUGAAGCGAGCGAGCGUAGCAGCAGCCUAAUAUGUGCAGAGAGGAGGUUUUGAACUAAAUUUUAUUUAGCGCAUGGAAUUGUGGUCGUGCGCGCUUUCUAUGCGCAGAACACAAAUUUUAAACUCGCUUGAAUGUUCGAAUUUUUAUCGAAUUUCUAAAGCUUUUUCAAGUCUAAUGUUACGCUUGCAUUUGUUGUGGACUUUGGUCACUGUCAGCUCUAUAUUUUUAUAAAGUUUUGGUUUCUUAGUGUGAUAAAUCUGUAUAUAGUCUAUAUAAUGUGGUAAAUGUGCCAAGCAGUAAACAGACUUGAUUUGAAAUCUGAUCUUAAUUUACCUAUAUGUCAAUGAGACGCACAUGUUUAAUAUCUGUCACCUCUGAUUGCCCUUUAACCCCUGGUCUUUGCUACUUCAAUAUAUAUUGCUUCUUCUCAGUUUCAUUCACAGCUCACUAGUCGCAGCGAGUAAUCACUGUGCUUGAUAUAAUUUGUGCUGUUUACUGUAGUUCUAUUUGCUUUUAAUGCCCGCAGCAAUCCCUACCUUGCAGGUACCCUAGUUUAUGUAUAUUAUUGUAUGAUAAAUAUUACAUUGCCAAACCUAUGGAUGGACACUAUAUUAUAUCCUUUCAAAUUUCUCAAUGGAACUUUCAAAGCGUCAAUAUAUUUUUGGGCAUGCGUUGAUAGCACUUUCUUUACUGUAUAUUAAAGCCAUAUGUUAAUGUAUAAAUUUUCUAUCAUCUCUGGCUGUACCUAAUCCUAGCCUUGAAAUGCAGCUAACAGAUGGUCAAUAGCUACUGGUGGUGUAGUAUAAAGUAGCAGAAAGUGAUUAUUGAUUAAGACUAUAAAAGGUCAUCUAUGGACACCUAUAAUUAUCACUUUAGACUAUUAAAUAGUCUAAAGUGAUAAUUAUAGGUGUCCAUAUGGCAAAGCUUAAGAUGAGAUCAAAUAAACUUUUAUAAUAUAAGUGGGAUAUACCACGUAAUUUGAUUGGUUAAUGUGUGUGCAUUAUAACAUCAUGAUAUACAUGUAUUGUCUUGGUUUUUCUGUUUUUCUUUUCCCUCCGGUUUCUUGGCAAAAACAAUGCGAACAGAGUGCCGUUUAAAUCCAAAAUUUAUUAGAAACUAAUAGACCGAAAAUGAAAUGCAAAAACAGCCAGCAAGAUACAGCGGGAGACGAAAUGCAAAGAAAUUUUCGCAGUUGUUUUUGAGUCUGAAUUAAACAAGCCGAAAAAGAUUUCAAAAAGUUACAGGAACACAAAAAAAAGUAGGAAAAAGCUACAAAAACAGUAAGCAAAUUUCAUUAAAACGUACCCUAAAUGACAUAUCUUCGGCGAAACAUAGAAAAUAUAAUGAUCAUUUCUUAAACGACUCCACUGCUCUCGUGCCAAAUCCGGCUUGUAAAUGCAGUGAAAAAACAGAAAAUUCGGCUCCUUAUCAGGGUGGGUUAUUUUUGUCAUUUUCGAACAUUUCCCCUCAGUUUGUUAAGUAUAAUUUCCAAAAUUUAUGUUUUUUUCUUCAAGGUUGUUGCUAUAAAACGAUGAGUAAACACAUGCGUGUGACGUCACUGAUUACAUUUAGGAGAAUUUCAAAAUCGAUCUUUCAAAUAAAAUUGCUUGCUGAGUAAUAACGUCUUUUAUUAUGAAGGAAAAUUAGUUAAGGAAUAGAAAAACUCGUCUCGUGCGUUUAUAGUGCAAUAAUGCAGUCAGGAAAUGUUGGGAGACUACUCGAGAACUCACCAGGUGAAACGGGUGCUUAUCCGUGUCGUACCCGGGUCUUCAAGGCAAUAUUUUGACCAGGGGUACAGGUAUAUGCAAAGCAAAAAUACCUCUUGGACUGGAAACUAUAAAUGGUUUUCUUAAUUAGCAAUAAUACAACUUUUUUUACUUUUAACAGAAUGCCCACCAGAAUCUGACACAGAGAUAACAAUAUUUAUCUCACUGAAAUAUCAGGUGACAAUUCAAAUUAGCGAUACUGUCACAUUUACAGUUCGUAUAAAAAUUGUUGAAAUAUUCGUGGUCGAUCUGCAGAACAAGCUGAGUGCGGCUUUCAGAAAUCUGAGAAGUAUAUUCCUCGAAUUGUUUAUUCGAAUAUUUCGAAUCUUGCGCAGUUUUCUUGGCAUCUUCUUUAAUUCAUUUUCCGCGGGAGGUGUUGACUGUGUUGUUGCAUAUAUUGAAAUAUUAUUUAAUUCCACCGAACCAAUUCCGACUGUUGACGAAGUUCAAUCACGAAUUGUUGAAGCAAGAGAUAAUGGAUCUGCUCCGUUCAAUAUUUCAAGUUUACAAGUUGCGAAAAAAGGUGAGUCACAAGGUGGAAAUAUAACAUACAUAAGUAGAAAUAUAAAGCCUAAUUUCUUUUAAAUACUAAUGAACUGUCAUAUCAACGAAAGAAGACCAACUAUUGUCAGUGAUCAAAGUUUAAGUUUAAAUCCUUCUCAAUAUAAAUAACAUGGGAACAGCUAAUGGGAGGAUUAGCACAGGAAGAGUUAUAUCUGAGAGUUAAGAUUUUAGACUGUUAAGUUUGAGCCGUGCCACCUUUCCGAACGACCGCACCCAAUUUCUUAACUUUUCCGAUGUUUUCUUUCAACUAACACGAGAGGGUUAAAUUUGGCGUAAGUUUCUUCAGUGAAAACUUAAACAAUUAGUUAAAAACAUAGUUAAUAUACUUAUAACUCUCUGUUGUUAUGGUUUUGAAGAUUUGUAAUCCAGGGAUAUUAUAAUUUGUGAAAGUUCUUCGGAUAAAUAAUAACCAGCACAACUGUAGUUGAAUAACAAUUGGUUUACGUAGCUGUCUAUAUUUUAAUGAUUCGAACCACAUCUCUCACCCCUUGGCCUUGCGAACUUUUCACGCCCUAGUCUAGGUAUAUGGCGCCAAGAUAAGAAUAUUAACAACUUUAAUAAGCAUAAUGAAUAUUAAUUAACAGCUUUAAUGAACAUUUCUUGAGCAUUGGAAGGCUAACUCAUGAAUCCUAACCAAACUGUCAUAUCAACCAAAGAAGGCCAACUGUUGUCAGUGAUGGACUUGUCAACCCACUAGCUCUCCUUGUUCGCGGAUGUAAAUACCCGAGUGGAGUUAGUAGCUGCGCAACGCGCUCUACAUGUACUCGGGCAGACUAAACGGCUUCCGCGUGAUUGGCCCUUUGUACUAUUUAUUUGUGAUAUGUAACUUAAUUUUCUGGCGGAGACUACGAAAUCUUUGCGUACCCUCUGGUUAAAAUGAAUUUUAACAUUUUGAAUGAUUUUAAUCUAAAUUAGGUUUUCCAUGUGCCAGUUAUCCAUGCAUGAACGGUGGGAAUUGUUCAGAAAAUGGAACAUUAUUCUCUUGCCUAUGCCCGGAAGGAUAUACUGGUCAGCUCUGCGAAAUGCCAAGUAAGUGCAUGCUUUCUCAAAAACGUGCUGGAUGUAUUUUUUGCUCGUCCAUUUAUAUUCCGAAAAGAAUUUUGUGAAAUUGAGUUUCAUUUAAGGAGGCUCCUUACAGUUUCCAAUAUAUAUCAGUGUUUUAAAUUAAGAGCGAUUUGAAUAAAAAAAAAACAAUUUUUUGCACAAGCCAUUGUUUCCUCUGAUAUAAAAAAAGUAAUUUUACCCCACAAUCGCUACUCUUCAUGUUACCAUAACAACAUGACGUCACCAUCUAUAUGGCCUAUAUCAACCAAAAAAGCCGCCUUAGCGGACAAAUAAACACGGUGACCUACCUUUUUUAUUGCAGAAAAUACAUUGUUAUGAAGUUUUGAAUCUUUUUCGAAAGUUAUUUGAAAAUUGCCAGUGUAGUUUUCGAGAAACUGAAUUUCAGCCUUUCCAAAGGUUAAAAUGCAAUCUAAAAGGCUGAAAUUCAGUUUCUCGAAAACUACACUGGCGAUUUUCAAAUAACUUUCAAAAAAGAUUCAAAACUUCAUAACAAUGUAUUUUCUGCAAUAAAAAAGGUAGGUCAUCGUGCUUAUUUGUCCGCUAAGGCUGCUUUUUUGGUCAGUUGAUAUAGAUGGCGACGUCAUGUUGUCAUGGUAACGUGAAGAGUAGCGAUUGUAGGUUAAAAUUACUCUUUUAUACAAAAGGAAACAAUGGCUUGUGCAAAAAAUUAGGUUUUUUAGAUUCAAAUAGCUUUUAGUUUAAAACACUGACAUAUAUUGGAAACUGUAGGGAUCAGCCUUAAUAACUAAGAGUCCAAGAUGAUUUUAAAUUUAAAAUACGCUCAAUAUUCGGUGAUAGUGGUUGAGAAAUUUUCAAUGCUGGAGCAACGUUGGAAAAAAUAGAUUUGCGUUAAAGCACAAAAUGUACUGAUACAAAUAUUGGACGGUCUAAUGAGCCAAUUAGACCGUCCAAUAUGAGCCAUGCAAUUACUGCGGGCCCGAGUUAAGUUCGUCUUCCUUUGCUGGGCAUUGUAGACAGCUUCCGUAAUUACCCCAUUGUGUUAUUUAUGCGUGAUAUAUAACCUAAUUCACAGCCGGAGGCUAUGAAUUGAAUUUUUUAAGUCCCUUCUUGUUUGGAUGGACCUGAACAUUUUUAAUUUUAAUCCAUUUUAGUUCCUCCAUGUGCCAGUAACCCAUGUAUGAAUGGUGGAAAUUGUUCAGAAAAUGGAACAUCAUUCUCUUGCCAAUGCCCGGAUGGGUAUACUGGUCAGCUCUGCGAAAUGCAAA